AGGCAUUCGCUAAGCAAAAUGGGUUUCAUAAAAAUUUCUUUCAUAUGUGCUUUCAUGGUAGCUCUUUCAGCAGUUCUUCUACAGAAAUACUCACCAAGCACGGUUGACACAUUUUUGAGUGAUCCAACUGUUCAGCAACUAACCAUAAAGUGCAGUACUUUUCUCAAUGGGGUGGGUGAAAAAUUAAAAACCAAUGUGUAUCCUAUGUGGUUAAAAGUACAACCUGUUCUAGCACCAUAUGUCAAAGUAGUGAAUAAACAGCUAAGCAAUAUUUUUGGUGUUGUGGAUGAUGAGGCAAAAGGCACUAGCAGUAAGCCAAUUGUUGAUGAAGAAUCUAAUGCUAAGGGGAAAGAGCAUGAAUCUCAGCCUGAAAAAGUGUUUUCUGUUGAGGAAUUGAAGAAUUAUGAUGGUAAACCUGGCAGCAAAGGACUAUAUCUAGCCUUUCUUGGACAAGUUUUUGAUGUAAAGAAGGGAGAGAAGUUUUAUGGACCUGGAGGAGGCUAUGAAUUUUUUGCAGGUCGCGAUGCCUCUCGUGCGUUUGUCACAGGCAAUUUUGAUGGAGAAGGUCUCACUGAUGACAUUGCUGGCAUGUCUGAUCAGGAUUACCUAGGCAUCAAAACUUGGAUUGAUUUCUAUCAUUCUGACUACAAGUAUGUUGGUAAAGUGGAAGGCCGGUACUACACUGCUUCUGGGGAAGCAACUCAGUACCAAAAGGAUGCAGAACGCUGGAUUGCUGAUGCCAAGAAGAACAAGGAUAAAGCUGAUGAACAGUACAAGAUCUUUCCGCCCUGCAACACUGAGUGGAAUCAGGACAGAGGCACUCGAGUUUGGUGUACAAAGAAGAGUGGAGGCAUCGAAAGGACUUGGGAAGGAGUGCCACGCCGUCUGUUCAGCGCUGGACAAGCCAAGCCUCGUUGCGCAUGCGUCAAAGACUUCGGAGCUCCUCUCUCUCCCAUCGGCUCCAACUCUGCCAGCAAGAAAGGGCGCGGGGAUCUGGACAAUCCCAACCUUCAGGAGUAUCCAGGCUGUCUCCCCAACUCCAAUGAGUGUCAGGUUCCAAAAGAGGACUAGAGGAAUUUCGUCUCCAAAAAGUUAUAGGCCAUCAAAAUUGUUAAAGUGGAAGCAGUUUUUUUCGACUAAUGCUUUGAUUAUUUUGACCUGUGAGACUCUGUUUUCACCUCUUGCGUGAUCUCCUAAUAGACGUUGGUAAGCAGUGAUCUUAGUGGUAAUUUGCAGUCCAGAAUUCAGGUGUAUUUUCCUUCAUGCCUGGCUCAUGCAUCGUUAAUGGCUUUCCAACCUCAUAUAUAACAUAAAACUGUUAUCUUAUUUGAACUUGACGUGGUGUUUUGUCGUGCUUAGGUAAAGAUUUUAUUUGGUUGACGAGAGCAUGACACUGACAUUCAUUUAGUGGAAAUGCGCUGUCAGAAAUAACGUUAAGUCUUUGGUCUUUGUUUUCUGUUCGAUGCAGCUUUAGUUUUUUUGCACAUUCCAUUAUAGAACUCUGGGUAUUUGUGAAUAAAAAGACACUCAGAACACAAAAACUGCAUUCUUAUUUCACAAAUGGUAUUAUCAAGUUAUUUUAUAAGGACAGGAAAUUGAAUUUCAUGUUGCAGUUUCAUAGAUCCAAUAUAUUUAUAUGGCCGGCACGGUCGCAAGUCACUUCUCUCGCUCGUUCAAUCUCUUGGCCGGAUGUUGGAUCUUAGGGCUGCCGAGUUGUGAAUUUCAUCAUUGUGUUUGUUCCUGUUAAUUUAUUAUUAUUUUUCUUUGUUGGCAUGUCAUGACGUUGAAUUUUGAUGUGAUUGGUCCUGAUGUCUUGUGCAAGUGUGAAAACUGAGGAGUUUCUUUCAAGGGUAUUGGAUAUAGGUAUUAUUUCGUGUGAGGUAUUUAACAUUUAAUUUUGAUAAUAAUAGAAUUAACAUGCAUAGCCUGCAUAAUCUUUAUGGAUUCGAAUUAUUAUUUUUAUGAAGCUCUGUUUUCUGUGAGUUUGUUUGUAUUAUCUAACUUUUCAGGUGGAGGGAUUUAAGGUUUUUUCAAUCACCGUAAUUCUUACUAAUUACAAUUCUUACUAAGUACAUACAAUUCUUACAGCUGUGAGGCUAAAUGACAAACCUGCUCUGUAGCAUUCGACUUGUCUCUAGUGUUUUUGAUCCCAAAGUUCUACUAUGCUUGUAAGAUUUUCAAAAAAGAAUUUGUGUACGACGCCAGAUAAUAUCUGGGUCUGAAUGCAGCUACUUUAUUAUCUCAAAAAGCACUAAAGCUAAGGCCUGAUGCACAAAAAGUCGCAAAAAUGUUUUAGCAAUUCUUGUUGCAGCUAUCUAAUUCUCUCGGAAGUUGAUAAAUUUUGCAACCGUUCUUCUUUCCAACGUUUUGUUAAGCAUGACAUGGCCUUUUUCUUGCCCGAAAGUCUAUUCCUGUACAAGGUUUUCCCAAUCUAUAUCACUAUAUGACUUUGAUGGGCAUAUAGAUGUACUACAUACGUCAUAAACUAAUCCGCGCCGUUUGUAGUCACAAUUACAUUAUCGCUCAGCAAGAAUGUAGAUUUCAAUGUUUUACAGAUUUUUCAUUAUUGUUUCGUUUUUUGUUAGUUAUUUUGUUAAUACUCCUCCUUGAAACUAUCGCUAACCGAUUUGUUGGUACAGGUUAGAUUUUUUCUUUGUUGAAAAUCUGAUCCAAUGAGGGAAUCUUAUAGUAUCUUUAACUUUUUAUUGUAAUAUCAUCAGUACUAAUAAGUAUUAUGUUGUAGCUAUGAUCGUGCAUACCAAAAGUACAAGGUAGGGGUGGCAAACACUCUUUUUCAUAUCUAUUUUAUUUGCUAUAAUUAUCAUUGUUACUGGUCUUGCUCUCAGGUUCGUUGGUGCUUAUGACUCACCAAUCAUCGAGGAAUCAUGAACUUUUUUCGAGUUACGGUAUACGUUGCAUCCUAGAAGUGGACAUUCCUUUAUUGCACAAUAAUUUUAAGGCAUAUGCCAUAUGUUUAGUGAAAUAAUCAAAAUACACUGUGAAUGGAUUUAAACAAGAUAUUCAUCUUCUUAGACAAAUUUUUUCCAGAGGGUAGCCGGGUCACUCGGAGCAUGUAUUACUUUGUAUUCUGCAUCUGUUAAUCAUGAUAUGACAGUAUGUGUUGUCCACAGCUUUCCACAUCAGCAUCGCCUGAAUAGUAGAUGAAAUAUUAUUGUCCUUAUGAGGCUGAUAAAUACGUUUUUAAACAAACUUAUAACAUGAAAAUUUUGCAUCACAGUAGUUCGUUGCACAUAAUUAGCUAACUGCGUGCAAGUAUAACCUGCAUAUAAUAAUGUAAAUUAUUUUGUUAUUUUCAAUGCAGUUCGUGGUUGAGGUUAAUGCUCUUGUCCGUACUUGUAUGGUGUCUGUUCGGCGCUGUGUCGUGUUUUUUCGACGUAUUUAUUCACAAAUACUAAGCAAUAUUAUUGCUCUGGCGAGGAUAUCAUCUUCUGCUUUGAUUGAUUGCAAGACCGACAGUGGAAUUGAUCCAGUGACCUGCUGAAUGUUCAUUUUUUGAGAGUGUGAUAUUUAUUACUCGCUGCCUAAUAUAGUGCACUGUUAUGCAGUAUUACAAAUUAAUGUUUCUAUGAUACGCUGCAAGUGCUAACUAUGAGAUGUUCUCGUCAAAAUUGCAUCUAACUUUCUGUUUUGAAGAAACUCAUUUUUUGGGGGAUUGUGUUCUGUGUAAAACAUUUGAAUGGCUGCUUAUGUACUCAUUCCACGACUCUUUAUGGUUAUAACUUUUAUUUGUGGGAUUUAUUAUUGGAAGUUUCUUAUUUUAUUUGUUAUGAGUCAGAUGUCGGGUAUUCUGAAAUAUUGAAUUGGAAAGAUUAAUUCUAUUUUGUAUGUAGAUUGAUAUUACCUCAGAAAAUUAUAUCAAUUUAACGUGUGUA